UCAAAAAAUAUUAACGUUAUAUUUAAAAUAUAAUAAAAUUGUUUAAUAAAUUAAUAAUUUUAUUUAUAUAUGUUUAACAUUUUUUAUAAAUUAUAAAUUAGUGAGUAUUAUAUCUAAUUUUUGAAAUUUUAGACCAUAAUUUAUGCAUAUAUCGUUGAAAAUUUCUAAAAUUUUUUUUUUAAAAUAUUCGGACCCUAUUCGACCGCUCCAGUUGCACGUGCUGUUAGACGGUCCUGGAAUGAAAGAUUGGCUAGCCUAAAAAAACCAUCGAAGUGAAUGGUAAAUCAUCAUCACAGAAGACCGUUGUUGACCAAACAGCAACGAUGGUAUUCUGGAUACUUGUACAUCUCUAAUUCUCCUAAUCAAUCAGAAAAAAAGAUUAGAUGUAAAUGUAGAAAACAAUCUCUUCCUCUGAAGACCCCCUCCCAAUCCAUUUAUCGUGUUAAAGCUUUCUUCACUUGGGUCCAAUUGAGGCCCAAAUCCAUUCUUUUUCUUUCCAGAGAGAUUCCAUGUUCUCCCUCCCCCCUAUUCUAGAUCAACAUCUCUUUUAACAAGCAAGCAUCUAUAGUCAGUCAAAACAAACAAAGAUUCUGCACCCUGGUCUUUAUUUCCAGCUAUAAACCAAUCAGAGUAUCACACAACCGGAAAUAAAAAGACAAGCCCCCAAAUGAACAAGACACCAAAAUGACAUAACACACGUAAUAAUUACAGAACAUAUGAAAAACAGAAAAAAAAAACAAGAAACCAAAAGCUAGAGAGAGAGAGAGGAGGAAGAUCAUUAGUCGAAAAAAAAAUAAAAAAAAUUAGUCGGGAAUCAACGAAACAAGAACAUCGAAAUUGAUGAAAGUUAGACACGUUUUCCGAUUAACACAAAGAAUCACACAAUUAAGCAAAAUCGUGAGAGGGAGAGAAGAAGUGGUUUUCCGGUUAAGAUCUCUGAUUUUCCGGUUAACGAAUCGAAUCAAAAACCUUCGAACGAAACGAUGCAGCCUAAUCUCUUCACAACGAUGCGAAGCUUGAAGCUUAUCGAAGGAUGCAAAGCCACGCAGGUCUACCCUUCUUCCUCUCCCCCUCCUCCUCCGUCCACCGGCCUCCGUGAAAAGCUAUUACAUCAUCUCCAAGACCACUUUCGCGUAAACUCAACCCGAUCCAAACCCUCACAUACUCACCAAAACGCUUCCGUUUCGUCAGACUCUCUCCUCCUCCCUCACGGCCUCCCCGUCUCCGAUCUCCUCGAGCCUCACAUCGAUCCUUCCCUCAGAUUCGUAGAUUCGAUCGAGAAGCUCGCCGAAGUCCACCGCCGGAUAGAGAACUGUCCAAACCUCGAAAAGUCCGAAGCUUUCUUAGAGCAAUGCGCGAUCUUCAGAGGCUUAACCGAUCCGAAGCUUUUCCGGCGGAGUCUCCGGUCAGCUCGGCAGCACGCCGUCGACGUCCACACCAAAGUGGUUUUAUCCUCUUGGCUUAGAUACGAGAGGAGAGAAGAUGAGCUUAUUGGUACCACCUCGAUGGAUUGCUGUGGAAGAAAUCUCGGAUGCCCUAAUAUGUCUCUGGUCUCCGGGUACGACCCGGAGUCCGUUUACAAUCGUUGCCUCUGUUCAAGAUCAGAAACCAACGGUGGAGAUUGUGUUUCGGAAUGUUCAACGUGUGACGUGGAUUAUGAUAUGUCCUUUUGUAUAGGUGAUGAGGAGGUUCGUUGCGUGAGGUACAAGAUUGCUUCCUUGUCUAGACCCUUUAAAGUAAUGCUGUACGGCGGGUUUAGAGAGACUAGACUCAGCGCGAUUAACUUCGCGCUGAACGGAGUCUCAGUGGAAGGGAUGAGAGCUGCUGAGGCUUUCAGUAGAAUUCAUAAAGUUGAGAUCUUUUCUGUUAAUAUAGUCUUGGAGCUGCUAACGUUGGCGAAUAGGUUCUGCUGCGACGAGUUGAAAGCAGCUUGCGAUUCGCAUUUGUCUCGUCUUGUUAAGGACCUUGAUGAUGCGUUGUUGUUGAUUGAGUAUGGAUUGGAGGAGGCUGCGUACCUUCUGGUGGCUGCUUGUGUUCAGGUGUUCCUCAGAGAGUUGCCUAGCUCGAUGCGUAACCCGAACGUUGUGAAGAUUUUUUGCAGCGUUGAAGGGCGUGAGAGACUGGGUUUAGUUGGGCACGGUUCGUUUGUGUUGUAUCUUUUCUUAAGCCAGAUCGCUAUGGAGGAUGAUAUGAAAUCAAACACAACGGUAAUGAUGUUAGAAUGUUUAGUUGAGUAUGCGGUUGAGGCGUGGCAGAAGCAGCUCGCUUGUCACCAGUUAGGUGCUGUGAUGCUCGAGAGGAAAGAGUAUAAAGACGCGGAGAGAUGGUUUAGCUCCGCGGUCGAGGCGGGUCAUGUUUACUCUCUCGUUGGUGUAGCAAGGUCUAAGUUUAAGCGCGGACAUCGCUACUCGGCUUAUAAGAUCAUGAACUCGCUGAUCUCGGAUUGUUCAGCUGCUACUGGUUGGAUGCAUCAGGAGAGGUCCUUGUACUGCAGCGGUAAAGAGAAGCUGCUGGAUUUGGACAUGGCCACUGAUUUGGACCCAACUUUGACUUUCCCUUACAUGUUCAGGGCGGUCUCAUUGUCCGAGGAGAGUCAGUUCGGUGCUGCGGUCGCGGAGCUGAACAAGAUCAUGGGGUUUAAGGUCUCUCCUGACUGCUUAGAGAUGCGAGCGUGGAUCUCUAUAGCUAUGGAGGACUAUGAGGGUGCUUUGAAAGAUAUAAGAGCGCUUUUGACGUUGGAGCCGAACUUCUUGAUGUUUAACAAGAAGAUUCAUGGUGAUCAUAUGGUGGAGCUACUCCGCCCGCUGGUACAGCAAUGGAACCAGGCUGAUUGCUGGAUGCAGCUAUAUGAUCGUUGGUCAUCUGUUGAUGAUAUUGGUUCUCUUGCUGUUGUUCAUCAUAUGUUGGCUAAUGAUCCGGGGAAGAGCCUUUUGCGUUUCAGACAGUCUCUUCUUCUUUUAAGGUUAAAUUGUCAAAAGGCAGCAAUGCGUAGCCUUAGACUAGCACGAAACCAUUCAAAGUCAGAGCAUGAGAGACUUGUCUAUGAAGGAUGGAUACUGUAUGACACAGGCCACCGUGAAGAAGCCCUUGCCAAGGCUGAGGAAUCUAUUUCCAUACAAAGAUCCUUCGAAGCAUAUUUCCUCAAAGCUUACGCUCUUGCAGACUCCGCGCUCGACCCUGAGUCCUCAAAGUACGUGAUCCAGCUCCUUGAAGAAGCACUUCGUUGUCCAUCAGAUGGUCUUCGUAAGGGACAAGCUUUGAACAACUUGGGAAGUGUGUAUGUUGACUGUGAUAAGCUGGAUCUUGCAGCUGAUUGCUACACGAACGCGCUAAACAUCAAGCACACAAGAGCUCACCAAGGGCUAGCUCGUGUGUACCAUCUGAAACACCAAAGGAAAUGGGCUUACGAUGAGAUGACGAAGCUGAUAGAGAAAGCUCGGAACAAUGCAUCUGCCUUUGAGAAGCGGUCAGAGUAUUGUGACCGAGAGAUGGCACAGAGCGACCUAGGGAUGGCCACACUGCUAGAUCCUCUGAGAACGUACCCGUACAGAUACAGAGCCGCAGUUCUAAUGGAUGACCAUAAAGAAACCGAAGCCAUUGAGGAGCUGUCGAAAGCCUUAGCCUUUAAACCUGACCUUCAACUGUUACAUCUACGGGCAGCAUUCUAUGAUUCAAUGGGUAAAUCCGCAGAGGCUAUCAGAGACUGUGAAGCAGCUCUGAGUCUUGAUCCCAACCACACAGAUACCAUCGACCUCUAUAACAAAGCACGCGAACCACAACCAUAGACAAACUAAUGUGCAAUCUUAUUUAUCUCCUGAACUACGGCAAGAGCUUCUUCCCUCUGAAACAACAGAUACACUAUGCUUAUAAAGCCGUUUCAUACCCAUUCUGAACACUCCAAUGGAAAACUAAAGCUUGGUUCUUUUGUAAUCAAGAAGUUUUGAUAGAAGGGAACUAUAUACUGGGAACAAACCAAAGGAGCAGCGACAUAGAUUGUAAAUAAAAACUUUAUAUUUUGUGGUUUUGUGAUUGAUUCUGGUUUGUUGACCGGAUAAGAUUAAUAUAUAUAUAGAUAUAUAUAUAUAGUGCAUAGUGUUUUCUGGACAAAGGGAGAAAUGAAAAAGAAAAAUUAUUGUUAUGUCUUGUUCUUCUUAAAGGUGUUUCACUUUGUGAUGUUCUUCUUUAUGAUGCUUCUUAUUUGUCUGUCCUCUUAUAUAUUUUCUUUUUUUGCUAAAUACCAUUCUUCUUAUA